AGAGCCACAAGUUGCUGCUUCUAUUCACACGCUUCUCCUCCAGUCAGGGUCGUCAUCAGGUGGGGAUUACGAGCCCCGUUUCUGCUCUCUAGAGAGAGCCUUUGUUCUCAUUGUUUUCUUCCAUACCCUCUCAAACUACUUUUUCAGCCUCUAUUUCGAACGUCGUCUUGAAUCCCCGCAGCCACAUAGCUCCACACAGCAGAACACGGUGACUUUGUUUCUGCACAGCCUUACCGAGGGGCUUUGUGACCUCACAACCCUCUGCUGCUAUGGAGGGCCUUCCUGCAGUCUGUGCCUCUCAGUGCACCGCACCGGGAUUGAUCCAAGAGUAAUAAAUAAAGAAGUUAAUGUACAAGUAUAAUGCGGAUAAGAGCACAGAAAAACAGAAAAGAAUGACUUUCAAUGGAGGUAUCGUCAAUAACUGAAAAUAUUGACCACCGGUGGCACCACUCAGUCCUGUUUAAAAAAGAACUGCGUUAUAAGGGAGAAUCUUCUCAGAAUCUGAUGCUCAUUAGUUGGAUCAUCAAAGCUCAAUUCUGUCCGUGGCCAUCCAGAACUUGGCUUGCCUUUCACAUCGCUGUUGCAACUGCUGAUAUGCAUCACCCACCACCUUGCUGCACUCACAUUCUCUGUUUGGACUCCAAAAAUAUUCAUAUAUUUCUUCUGCCUUCCAAAAUCUUCAGGGAGAAUGUGUCUCGCGUACCGCUACCUAUGGGACUCGCUUCACCCCGCUGCUGGCAGCAGUGAUGACACGGUAUGUGGAACGUUUCUGGGGUGUAAUGACAGCUAAUAGCAGAGAGUCAGAGCGCAGAAUUGGGAGUGCCGGAUGUGGUCCCAAGUUCUCACCUGCAGGGCCGUAUUUCGAGAGGUUUGAGAGCGAAGCAGAGCAGCAGGGAUUUAAAUGUCACUCAUAGCAUCCGUUAAUCAGCUCUCUGCUCGUCUCUGGUUCCUUCUGAGGCAUUAAUUGGAUCAUACGCUGCGUUUGAGGAGCUCGCGUGCUUUACCCGAGGAGGAAAUUUGCUCCAUCUCCAGCAGCAACCACUGCUCCUUUUGAUGUUGUGGUACGCCGUGCGCAUGCGCUUCACAUUAGAAUUACUGCACUGGCCAGAAUAAGUUGGAUCUCUUCUUCUCUUCACUGAAACCCUAAACCAUAUCAAAAACUAAAGGGAUGCUGAGAGUCCGGAAAAAGGGUUACUUUGGGAUUUGGUCAUUCCCUUUAAUAAUAGCAGCGGUGUGUGCACAGAGUGUCAAUGACCCUAGUAACAUGUCACUGGUGAAAGAGACCGUGGAUAGACUGCUGAAGGGCUACGACAUUCGCUUGAGGCCAGAUUUCGGAGGUCCCCCAGUGGCUGUUGGCAUGAACAUAGACAUUGCCAGUAUAGAUAUGGUCUCAGAAGUCAAUAUGGACUAUACCUUGACAAUGUACUUUCAGCAAGCAUGGAGAGAUAAGAGGCUGUCAUAUAAUGUAAUACCUCUAAACCUUACUCUGGACAAUAGAGUAGCUGAUCAGCUAUGGGUCCCUGAUACCUAUUUCCUGAAUGACAAGAAGUCAUUUGUGCACGGUGUCACUGUGAAGAACAGAAUGAUCCGCUUGCAUCCAGACGGGACGGUCUUGUAUGGACUAAGGACUCAAAGAUUGGAGAUGGAUUUUUCUUCAGAACACCUCCCAUCCACACCAGGAGGAAUUACAACAACAGCUGCUUGUAUGAUGGACCUACGGAGAUAUCCGCUGGAUGAACAGAACUGCACGCUGGAGAUUGAGAGCUAUGGCUAUACGACAGACGACAUUGAAUUUUACUGGCGUGGGGGUGAUAAUGCAGUCACGGGAGUCACAAAGAUUGAACUGCCACAGUUCUCCAUUGUAGACUACAAGCUUAUCACCAAGAAUGUUGUUUUCUCUACAGGUGCCUACCCAAGGCUGUCUCUCAGCUUUAAACUUAAGAGAAACAUUGGUUACUUCAUUCUGCAGACCUACAUGCCUUCUAUUCUGAUCACUAUUCUGUCCUGGGUUUCCUUCUGGAUUAAUUACGAUGCUUCAGCUGCGAGAGUUGCUUUAGGAAUCACAACUGUCCUCACAAUGACAACAAUUAACACUCAUCUUCGAGAGACUCUUCCCAAAAUUCCAUACGUGAAAGCCAUUGACAUGUAUCUUAUGGGAUGUUUUGUCUUCGUUUUCAUGGCUCUGCUAGAGUAUGCUUUGGUCAACUACAUCUUCUUUGGCAGGGGACCUCAGCGUCAAAAGAAAGCAGCAGAAAAAGCUGCCAGUGCCAACAACGAGAAGUUGCGAAUGGAUGUCAAUAAGGACAGAAGAAUAAUUGGCACAUAUCAUUGUCCAGAAAUGUAUUCAACAAAGAUGGACCCGCAUGAAAACAUUUUGUUGAGCACUCUUGAAAUUAAAAAUGAGAUGGCUGCCUCUGAGGCUGUGAUGGGGCUUGGGGACCCUAGGAGCACGAUGCUGGCCUAUGACACUUCAAGCAUCCAAUACCGGAAAGCUGGCUUACCCAGACACAGCUUUGGUCGCAAUGCCCUGGAGAGGCAUGUGGCACAGAAGAAAAGUAGGCUACGGAGACGUGCAUCUCAACUGAAAAUUACCAUCCCUGACUUGACUGAUGUAAAUGCCAUAGAUAGAUGGUCGCGCAUAUUCUUCCCUGUUGUUUUUUCCUUCUUCAAUAUUGUCUAUUGGCUUUACUAUGUGAACUAAGAAACAAAGCCACACAGGAAGCAAGAACUGGAUUUAUCUUCAAAUCAGUUGUACAGCCAAAAGUGGGACUUAGAAAAAUUCUAUUCAGGACAAAAAGUUAUUUUAAAACACCUUAGUUGCUGGCCCACUCUAUGGUCUGUUUUUAUAACAUUUUGGUUGUUUCUGCUAAAUCAUAAAUAUGUAAAUUUGCAGUAUGGACAUAUCCCCUUUAUGAAAAUAUAAGUGUAUUUCAAAUGUGAAGGCAAAUUAGAUUCUGACAAUCAUCUCUGUUUCACUGUCUCUCACAGCUUCUUUUUUAAUUUUUUUAAUGCUCAUGUGAGUGUAGUGACACAAAUUAGAGAGGCAUUUGAGAAAAAUAUUUUGGUUUCAACAGCAGUAUAUACCAGUCAUUCCCUGUGAAACUGCGUAUCCAAGACAUGCAUGUACACAUAUUAGAGUGUACUAAGAUAUUAUCAUGCUUAUGAAACACACAUUUUACCUUUUAAAGGUGUAAACUUGAAAACAAAUAGUGCCUAUCAUCUUUCCAAGAUGAUGAUGGUCAGAGGUUUCCCAACCGCAUUCAGGUAUUUCCUGUUAUUCACUGAAAGAGCUAAACCUUUGACUGAUAAUAUUUGGGUUGGGUGUUUGCACAGAUACUGAAGCAAAAAGCACUAGUUUUGUUUGGAUUUUUAAGAGAUAGCAUAUGUUCACAGUCCCUAUGACUGUAGCUGUGAUCAGUAGAGGAAUGUAGCGGUGGUAUGAGACAAGUUAAACGAUCAUGUCCUGAAUGGGUAGAUAUGCUGGUUUUUUGUGUGGGGGAAGGGGAAUUGUUUGUCCAAUGUGCCAAAAGUUGGUUGGCCAAUUAGUAGUUCUCUUGGUGGUUGAAGGAAGCCAAUGGCGCUCUGCCAUUCUACUGAAAGGUAGAGAGCAAUUAACAAUAAAGCACCAGGGAAAGUGAAGGCUACAUAUUUGUAAAAGUAUAUAUAUAUAUAUAAACGCAUACUGUGCAAAUGAAUGUUGUCAGUCAUAGUACGUACCUUAGUCUGAAAUACCCAUGUAGAUUUGUGUGAUUUUUUUUACAGUUUGUUAUCUUUCUAGUGUUAUGCUUACCACUGUCAUUAUGCUUAACACCAAACAUCCAGAUUGAUGGGAGGUAUCAUACCUCUUUUAAAAGCAAAGAACUGAACAUUCAUAUUUCAGUGCAACAAUAAUAAUGAGUAUUUUCUCAGUCUGGAUUAGGCAAUGCCAUUUCAAAUUUUUGUUGUUGUUGUUGUUUUGCUUAGUGAACUAUUUUAAAGGGAAAAAAAUGGUAGCUAUCACUUUAAUAGUUGACAUACACUAUAGCAUCAUAGAAUGGUUUGGAUUGGAAAAGACCUUGAAGUCCAUCUAGUUCUAACCACCUGCUUUGGGCAGGGUUGCGACCCACGAAAUCAGAUUGCCCAGGGACUCAUCUAACCUGACCCUGAACACCUCCAGGGAUGGAACAUCCACAGCUUCUCUGGGCAGCUCGUUCCAGUGCCUCACCACCCCCUUGGAAGUCUCUCCUAGGGUGUUUUCCAUUGGAAAAACUACAAAAAUUCAAUUUUGCGUUUGGAAACUUAUUUAAUCUUUUGUUGUUGUUGUUGCUGUUUUUUGGGGUUUCUUUUUUUUUUUUUUUUUUUUUUUUUUCAUUGCAUGGAGCUUUAAUUUUUAAGGCAAAGUAGAUUUUGCCAUUUACUCCACUGUGGAAAAGUUUUCUGUAAUGAAAAACUAAAACUUUUCUGGAUCUGCAUAAAAAGUAUAAAUUUCUGAUGGCUUCUAUAAAAUUAAAUUCCCAAUCUUGUUUAACAGAAAAUAUUUAAUGAAACAAAAGCCACAUUCUACUGUAUCUAUGCUACCUCUCACGUGUACAAAUUUCUGAAAUGAACUCAUAUUUCAUUACCUUCCAGAUAUCAUAGGAAAUGUUUCCAUAUGUAGAUACUUUUUCCCCGUGUAAUUUUGGCAGUGCUUUAAAAUAGUGUAUAAGAAUAUUUUUGAUAAAAUAUUUUAUUUGAAAAUUUUGUUUUUGCUUUCAAAGAGUAAUUUUCCAUCAAGUUACUGUGCUUGCCUGCCCCCUUUAGCAGACAGAAGGAAAACAGUUGUGGGAAACAUAGGAGACUUUUUGACUUUGUUUUGAGCAUAACAACAUGUAUUCAUUUUUCAAAUGAGAGAGAAUUGUUUUGAGCCUGCAAAGGGAUUUGCUGGACAUAGACAUCACCUGUUGUUCUCAAGGGAGUUGUGUAUGUUCAUGUCCAGAUAUAGGCUACGAUGUGUAGUCAGGCUGUCAUCCCAUGACAAACUUUCCAAGUCAAAUUGUUGCUUUUUAUUUCACAUACUUACUUUCUGGCUGCAUUUCAUGCACAAUGCAAUAAGCUUUGCAGAUGAGUGUGGAAUUUAAAGUAUGAAUUAUGCUGCAAUUUUCCCCAAUUCAUAGAAUACUUCAAAAGUGCCACAUCUAAAUACAGAAUUUCUCUUCAAAGUCUGUUCUUUAAUAAUGAUACCCAUUAUCAUAAAUAAAAGCUGUCUUAUAGUAUUCUACUGUAAAAGUUUUUCUUUCAUUUCACAAAUUGCUAUCCAUUCUUUGUAUAGGGUUGAGUUUGUUUUGCUCUUAUAUUUGUUUGUUUCACAGAAGCACAGUGUGAACACAGGGAGCUCACAGCUUGUUUGUGGUUGAUACUCCUCAAAUAUGAAACUUUACAAAGAAUAUGUUGUUUGUCAGCGUUUACUGCAUGAAGUAAUUAUGAAAACCACAGAGACUGAAACCUUGAACUGCACAUUAGUUUAUCUGAAGUUACAGUAUAAGCCAUAAUACUCUCUGAUGUCACUGUUCAGAGUGUGAAAGAAAAUGCUUGGUUUUUGCUCAGGUGUCACUAGGAAAGAUGUAUUACCUGGGAGGAAGGAGAUCUUUUGCUUUUACAAUGUCCUUCUGGCUAUUAAUGUGGUAGAUAUAGGAAGUGAAAGGGAAAGUUUCUUUCAGAAAUUGAGUGGUUAUCGUUUUGUACUUAAGGCUAAACACUGUGAUACAAAAAGAUGCGGGUAAGAAAGACUGGCGAGGCACUGUCAAGGGAAGAGUAGAACUCAAGAGCCCAUGGUGAGCACUUACUCUUUUUCUGAGAUACUUGAGUGAAAGUGAGAAAUUAUGCCAACAUACGUGAGGUAUGGGUACUAAUGUGCGUGCUACCCUCCAGGUAAACUAGAAUAAAUUUGCUUUUACUUUAGAACUGACAGAAAAUAUUUGAGAUCCUACUAGCUCUGUUGAUUGUUGCUAGUUUCAAUAAGCAAAAUAUAACAUUUAAUUUUAGAUGAAUCUUGUAAUAUAAUUAUAGUUACACAUUUUAUUGUUCUAGACAUGAUAGCCAGCAAUUAAGGUGUUUUUCAUCUUAUUGAAAUGCAUUGGCAAAUUAUGACUAUAACAUGGCACAGUUUUAAUGAAAUCUUUGAGAUCAAUCUGUAAAUAUCUACUGUAUAUGACUGCUAGUAAGUAUGAUACACAUUUUCAGAACUGAAAAUCCAUGCAACAUAUUUCCAUGUUUGCAUAAGGAAUGUUAUGUUUCUAUCCUAUUGCAAUUUAAUGACGGGGAAGAAAGACUCAAGCAAUGCCAUUGUGAACAUUUCUUUUCUCAUUCCCGGGGAGGAAAGCAGAUAACAGUAUGUCACAGAGUUCUUCACAGAGUUUUUACAUUCUAAUACAAAGGAUAUAUAAUCUGUAAGGUACAAAAGCACAAUGCAUAGAGCAAAUGAGUGGUGGUCUUGCACCUGGGGAGCAAAUCCUUCUUAUUUCAGACAAAAUAUGCAUUAAAAUUAAGGUUUGGUUAUUUUUCAUUAUAAUUAUUAGUCUGUGUUACAAUUCUAUAAUUAACACAGAACUGAACAUAAGUGAACAAAUGUUAAACAUUAUCCAACUAUAUGUGCAUAUGGACACGUGUCUGUAUGGACAUAUGUGUGUAUAUAUACACAUGGUAAGUAUAUAUAUACACACACAUUCAUAUGUUGGUGUGUUAAAGGAAUAAGCUAAUAAUACUUUUGUUUCUACCAUCAACCAGUGUAUGAUUAUAUUUUUGAGAAAAAAAAGAUUAAUGUAAAAAACAACUUACUAUACAGGGUAACUGGGCAUUUCUAUAUCAGCAGAUCAAUGCAUAUAAUUCGUAUGGAACAUUGCACCAUUUGACAUGAUGGUAGUACUGUACCUCCUAGCAUCUGAAAUUAGACUAGUCCUCACAUUGCUUGCCUAUUUCUUCUCUCUCUUUUUAUAACAGCAUUGUCCACUAGUAAGUUUUCAAAAACAACAGGUCUAAGGGAACCGAAGCAAAAAGGCAAAAUUAUUAACUAUUUCUAGAAAGUAAUCUAGAGUGGGAUGGCCAGGGUACAAUACUAUAUCAGUAGUGAUCAUAACAUUUUGCUAUGUGUACAUAGAACAUACGAUGUGAGCAAUCAUAACUUAAGCUGAGCGUGUGUAAAUAUUAUCAGAUUUCUUAAACAUUUUUAACUUCUAAUUUGUACUUUAUGGUAAGGCAAAAAGCUAAUUCUAUGGUUUAGGUUAAUGUGUCCUAAAAUUAUGUAAAUAAUUAAAUAAGCUGUAAAUGAGCAGUCAGUAGAUACAGUAAUUGUUUAGUGACUUUUUUUUACUAAGUACAAUAAUUGCAGUGCUCUAGCAGAGUAAUUUAAACACCCUUUUGCAUAAACAGAUUUGGAUACCAGAUAUAAAAAAAAAAAAUACAGAAAGUACUGAGGUGCAAAAUAACCAUUUCAGCUGUGUUACUGCUAGCACAAUCGCUUCUUUUGUAUGGUAAAUCAUUCAAGCAGUGGAAGACUGUAGUUUGGCACUCAGUACUCAGCAUAAACAAAUAAGGCCUGAUUUUUCACAUACAGUAAGGUACCUUUAUGUUGCUCCUGUGAGUGACGAUGUGAAGGAAUCCAGCGUAGGUGAGAAUUCAGCUGCUGGUGAUCUCAUUACAGAAAGUCUGCAUACUGCAUCUUUCUGCAAUCUGUAUCCCUUAUGGUAUCUAAUAGUAGAUUUACAGUUUUUCUUUAGAAAAAAAUAUAUAUUUGACUGUCAUUAGAUAGCAUAGUCCCCCAAAGCCAAAGAAUCUUCACUCCAGAAAUUGUUUAAAAGGGAAAUCUAUUAAGUCACUGCUUAACACCAAAGGUAAAGCUUAAUAAAAUGCACUAGGAACUUUGUCUAAAUUUUUAAGAAGCAAGUGGAAUGUUGAUGAAAAAUACUGCCCUAUUCUACUUUGUAAAAAUAGUAAUAAUUUAAGUAUCCAUUAAUAUUAAAUUGAAAUAGGUCACCUCUACAAGAAUAUGCAACGCGGACAUUUCAUAAGUAUAAAAUUAUUUUCUUUGUAAGUGCUUUGAAAAAAAAAAAGAAUAUUAAAAGAUGAAAAGUCUCACCUAUACUUUCAUACUAAGGGUUGUAUUUUUUUAAUGUUUUUUCAGACAUAAGGUCAUCUAUUCCAAUUUGAUAAUGUUUUGUAUGUUUUCACUGUUAACAGUCAUUUGACGAAUAUUCACCAGGCUGUAUGGUUCAUGGUCUGUCCUGUUACUUUCAGUUGAAGACAAAAAGAACAUCUGAAACAUGAUUAAUUCUAACAAGCUGACUAUGAUUUGACUUCUAUCACGUUUUUAUUUGCAUGGGUGUUUAAAUGGUUCUGUUAGUACUGUCUUUGCACAGUUCUGAUUUAUCUUUUUUACUUAGUACUAUUUACUUCAUAAUGUAGUAAUCAUCAGCCUUACUAAUGACCUUGUAGCCUUUCUUAUAUGCACAUAAUGCACAUUUUCCAAUGGCUAGAAAAUGCAAAAUACUAGUGGAUAUCAUCGCAUCAGAUCUUCAUGUCUUUCUCAAAAGGACUGCUAACCUCUGGGAUAAAUGAGGUAGUAAAAUGAUGAUUGUAAAUGAGUAGCACAUAAGAGAUAUUUUCUUGAAUUUAAAAUUAUUGCAGCCAGUUUCAGCAUGUAAAUAUAUAAUAAUGUUGGCUAGUGUGUAAUUCUUGAACUAAAAAAAAUAUAAAUAAAGAAAACCUAAAAGAUGUA